CGUGUAACAAAUUUUGGAAACCCCAAUUUGACUAAACACAUUCAAGAUGGCGGACCAAUUGAUUGCUCGACAUUAUGUUUACCAAAUGUGAUGUGAGUACGCGGUCCAGAUUGCCUUCGUGUGGAAUCGAAUAGUACAAAGGAUUUCAGCAUAAAUUAAACUAUACCAAUAAGUUUAAUAAACAAAUAAUAGCAUACAGAAAUGGCGGACACAACAAGCACACGUAGACGUGUUAAAUUGUACAUGUUAAACGAAGAACGCCAGUGGGAUGACCAAGGCACCGGGCAUGUGUCCUCCAUUUUUGUUGAAAGAUUGAAAGGAAUGUCACUUCAAGUCCGAUCUGAGACGGAUGGAACUGUUCUCUUGGAGUCAAAGAUUCAGCCUGAUACCAUGUACCAGAAACAACAGGAAACCUUGAUAGUAUGGUCAGAAGCAGCUAACUAUGACUUGGCAUUAAGUUUCCAGGAACAAGCUGGUUGCCUUGAGAUUUGGAGGAAAAUUUGUCAGGUACAAGGAAAAGAUCCAUCAGUGGACAUCACACAAGAUUGUUUGAUCGACCAUGGUGAACAUGAUGAAGAAUUUCAGGAAGACAGCACUAUAGAAGAUGCCCCAGACGCUGCUCAGGAGAUCGAGUUACCUCCCUGUGAACUUAGCAAACUAGAGGAGAUAUGGAAUAUAUUUACAGAGUCAUCUAUUCAAUCUACACCCAUACGCAAAGAAAAACUCUCAAUGGCCAUUGAAAACAGUGGCUAUAUCAAAAAAUUACUGGAUCUGUUUCACAUGUGUGAGGAUUUAGAUAACAUGGAAGGACUUCAUCAUUUGUAUGAAAUAUUUAAGAAUAUAUUUUUAUUGAACAGAAACGAACUAUUUGAGAUCAUGUUCUCAGAGGAAACAAUAUUUGAUGUGAUAGGAGUGUUAGAACAUCAGCCAUCAUCGCCACAGCCAUCACAACACAGAACAUAUUUAAAGGAGACGGCAAAGUUUAAACAAGUUGUGCCGAUGACAAACAAGGAACUUCUGAAUAAGAUCCACCAAACAUAUCGUGUACAGUACAUACAGGACGUCAUCUUACCAACGCCCUCUGUGUUCGAGGAGAAUCAUUUAUCGUCAUUAACGUCAUUUAUAUUCUUUAACAAAGUAGAGAUUGUCAGUAUGAUACAGGAAGAUGAGAAGUUUUUAUCAUCACUGUUUACACAGUUGACAAGUGACGACACAGAGGAAGCUGUCAGAAGAGAUUUAGUGCUAUUUUUGAAAGAAUUUUGUACAUUUUCACAAACACUGCAACAAGAUAGCAGAGAAUCAUUUUUCAAGACAUUGUCAUCUUUUGGUGUUUUAUCAGCUAUAGAAGUCAUAUUAGGACUGGAUGAUCCACAAAUUAAAUCAGCUGCAAUAGAUAUAUUUUCAUACAUUGUGGAGUUCAGUCCAUCCACUGUCAGAGAAUUCAUAAUGAAGGAAGGUCAGAAACAGGAUGAUGAUGAUUUACUGGUUAAUCUGGUGAUAGAUCAGAUGAUCAAUGAUCCGGAUCCAGUUGCAGAGCUGGGAGGUGCAUUACAGUUGAUGGGUGUUCUUAAACUACUGAUAGAUCCAGAAAACAUGAUAGCUACAUCAAAUGUAAGCCUAAAUGCUUACUACUUCAAUAAAACAGAGAAGUCUGAGUUCUUAGUGUUCUUCUACAAACACAGCAUGCAUGUGUUAACGGCACCAUUAUAUGCCAACACAUCAGAGGGACGCUUAAGUAAAGAUGACUUCCAGUCAGCACAGCUACAAUCCCUGAUCUUAGAGCUGUUAACAUUUUGUAUAGAGCACCAUACAUUCCACAUCAAAAACUACAUUAUUAGUAAAGAUUUAUUAAGAAGAGUUUUACUGUUGUUAAAGUCACGUCACAGGUUUCUGGCAUUGUGUGCAUUAAGAUUUAUGCGUAAAAUUGUUGGAAUAAAAGACGAUUUUUACUACAGAUAUAUCAUCAAAGGAAGUUUAUUUAAACCAAUCGUAGAAGCUUUUAUAGAAAAUGGCACAAGAUAUAAUCUCUUUAACUCUGCAAUCAUUGAAUUAUUUGAAUUCAUUAAAAUGGAGGAUAUCAAGUCUCUCUGUGCUCACAUAGUAGAAACACACAUGAAAGAACUAGAGAGUGUUAAUUAUGUUAGUACAUUUAAUUCCCUCAAGAUGAGAUACGAACAACAACAAGAUGGCCUCAAGGACAAAUUAUUUGAUAGUACAUCAGUGUUGCGGAAUCAUCGAUAUCGACGAGAUGCUAGGACACUAGAAGAGGAGGAAGAAAUGUGGUUUGAUGAAGACGAUGAAACUGAGGACUUGGAUUCCCUGGUCCCUGUUUCUGAUGUAUUAAGAUCUAGUUUAGAUGCAGAUUUUGACCAUAUAAACAGAUAUAUAGGCAAUAGAAAAGUCAAUAAAGACCAGUCGAGAGAAUCACCACCAAGGUUAUUUAAUAACAGAUCAACAUGUAUAAACAUUAACCUCAGAAACAACAGUCCAAACACGAGUCCAGUAGGUAGUCCUGCUACAUCACCGACAGGAAGUCCAACUAUACCUUGUCCUACACCAAACACAUCACCGAUUACACCUUCAGAAAAGGCAUUAGCUGCCAAAAGGGCAGGUUUAGUAGGACUUGUGGACUAUCCUGAUGAAGACUCUGAUGAAGAGGAAGAGGAUUCAGAAACCCCCACAGCUAAACGUCCACGACUGGCAACGUAGUGAUAUAACAUAGUGAUAGAAAGACUUCUACGACUUAGCUAGCCGAGACUGUGUCUCUGAGAAUGGUGCUAGAUUACCUGUGAUUUAAGGGUCCAGAGAAAAGCCCCCGAAUGAUGGCUGUGGUUUGUGCCAAUAAAGGACUGCCUUUGAAGUGACGUCUGACCCUUGAUGGGUAAACGGCUGGGAUCAUCAUGUCAUGUUUUAUCAGAAUGAAGUUAAAUAUCUGAUCUCAAUACUUUCAUUAUCAUAUUACUCUCCGGUAACUAGGUUAUCAGGUUGUUAACUCAAUACUGCCGGUCAAACUAGUGUACUACUUCUUUUUCAGGUGAUAAUAGAAUAAGAAUGAAUUGGAAAGAAAAGAUUUAAAAAUCAAAAAUAUCUUCCCCCUUUAAUAUGGGUAAAUUAAGAUAAGUGAUUAGUAUUUUGCCCACUCGCUGUAAUUAUUUAUGUAUUUAUUUAUUAUAUCAUUCGGUUGAUAUCCGUCCUUUUUAAGAGUUCUCUUAUUUCACAUUAUGCCAAAAUUGCUACCAUGAAUUAAUUCUUUAUAUUGAACUCUAAACUUAUCAUUGCAUUUGUACAAUUAUUAGCAUUUAAGUAUUUCUGUAAGUCAUGUUUCAUUUAUAUGUACAAAGCACACAUUGAGUAAUGUAUUGUUAACUUUGAUUUAUAACAUCUAAUAGGAGAAAUUUGACAUUUACUAUUGUUCUUCGAUAAGAGUAAAACCAAAAUUAUUUAAUUUAUGUGCUGUACAUAAAUAAAUGAGGAAGACUUGUUUAAGUAAUUAAUCAUUAUUGGGUUAAUUCUGUACUAAAAUGCUUAAAAUGGCCCUAUUCUGAUCUUUAUUUUGAAAUGGCAUAUUUAGACCAUUGAAAGAUAGAAUUUGUCAAACAUAGGAAAAUUCCUUCAUAGAUCUGAAAAUUGUCUAUUUGUUUGUGCAUGUUAUAUUUUUGAAAAUAAGAAUUUAAAGUAUUUUUGUUCAAAUGCUGAUAUUGUUUGUAAAAUGUAUAUGACAGAGUCACACUUAAAAGUAUUUUCUGACCAUUAAAGAUAGUAUUAUAUGUCCUCUUCUACCUGAAAGUUUAUUUUUUAAAGCAGAAACAUAUAUAAAUUUUCAAACUGAUAAGUUUUAAUUUUUUUGAGAAAAGUCUCUGAAAUUUUACAUUCCUUUGAAAUAUACUAAGGUUUAGACUGAAAAAUUGCCUCAACUAAAAUUCAGCAAGAAAUAAAGAGCAAAAAAUAAUUCUAGCAAAACUCUACUGGUUGUGAACUUCUGUAGAUAUCAAGAGAAAAAUGCAGAACUCUUCUUUAGGGAGAUAUAAAUGUAGCAAUCUGAAUGAAAACAUGUGUUCAUUUCUAUAAAUACAUGUAUAUAUACUGAUGUUUUUCAUGAUGAUCUGUAGACAAACUUCAGUGUAUUGAUUGCUGAGAUAAUACUGUUUGAUUGUCUGUGAAUGUUUUGGGUGUGUUGUAUUUCAUUCUAUUGUCAGUAUAUGUUUCCAUGUUUUAUAUAAAAAAAAAGAUAUUGCCAACUUUCCCUUUUAUUAUAUUUGCAGAGUAAAUUUUGAGAAGUUGAAGCAAUAUUCAUAGGAUUUUAGUAUAGAAGAGUCUUGGAAAUACUUUAAAUAAUUUUAAAACUAUGUGCAAUCAAAAUACUUCAGCUCAUUGCAUUGUUGCAACAAUUUUACCCCGAUGCAAAAUAUUUCAAUGAUUGUAAAAAUAUAGAAUGAGGCAAUACAAAUAAAAACUGAAUUGAAUUGUAAGUGUUAGCCUUUUAUGGGAAUAGCUCUGCUUGUAACAUGAAUAAUUAAGGAAAUCUUUUUAUCAUAUUAAAAGCACCUAGUACACUUAUUCAACUGUCAAUUGGCAAAUAUUCAGAUUCACAUGGAAAAUUCAUUAUUUAUUUUUUUAAAUAUCAUUUUACAACUAAAGAACAUUUAUUUUAAUUUCAAACUUGACUUUAUAAUGAAGGAUAGUGAGAAGAAGCAGCAAAGAUUUGCUUCAGUUUAAUGUGAGGUUAUAUUUAUAUGAAAUGAAAGUUGUUGCAUAGCUAGAAGGUAUUUAAAAAUCAUGAAAAUUGAAUAUUUUGUCAUUUGAUUGUUGACUGAACUUUUAUAAACUGUUUGAAAUGAUGAAUAAGCUACAAGAGAAAAAAAUCAAGAUAAUGAAUACUCCUACUAUACAUUGAAAGGGUAAUGUGAGGAUAAAGGGAAACUUUCUUGUGAUAAUUUAUAAGAUAUUUUAACCAGUGUUAAAUGUUCAAGUAAGGGUUGAAUCUGAUUACACCACUGAUAAAAUGUAUGGUAAUUAAGUUUUCUGAAUUAAGGUCUUUUAUUAGCCUGAUAUACAGAAAGGUUGUGAAAUUCUUAACACAAUUUUAAUAGGAAUUGAUAUACAAAAACAUGUAACAUUUUAAGACCAAACAUUCUAAUGGAGAAGAAUAAUAAUGUUAAAUUUAGAAUAAUUUCACAUGUAAUUUCAUUUAAAUUAAACCAUAGAACAUUCCUGUAUUAAAACUUCAAAAUAACAAUUUAAUAUGAUUCAGCAGUUUUCAUUUACAACUAGCACCAGUGUUAAUGAGUCUUCUUAUAGGGUUCCUAUGAUUAAGACACUCCAUCAAAUUAUCUAUUGUUGUAUUCUGACCAUCUAUUAUCUAGUCAAACUACCUGGGAUGUUUCAAAAAGAACUUAUUCUAUCUUAGGUAUUUCAUUAACUAUCUAUAAUGGUGUCAACGUUUGACAGAUCUUAACACCUCUCACUGAAUGUUAUAAAUACAAUAAAACCUAGUUCUCAAUUUGUUCAUUGUAAACAAAGAUUGAAGCCCUUUAGUACUUACACGUAUCAUCAGUAUUUGAUUUGAAUUGGUUCUGAAUAUCACAGGAUGACAUUAAAAUUUCCCCAUAUUGGGAUUAAAUCAUCAAUAGUUAAAUGUAGUACAAAGUAUUCCAGUCUUUCUAUGUAUGCUAAGACAUCAGUCACUUACAGUACUUAAAACAUCAAAUCUAUUACACAAGAUCUGAAUAUCAUAUAUCUCUUAGGAAAAUAAAAAUGGCUACUGACUGACAAGUUUAAUACUUGACUCUACUUAAUAACAGCUAUCUAUGGGAAGUAUAAAGUAUUUUAGUAUUGAGAACACCAUUGUAGAACUUCAGGCAGCAUGAAAGAGAAUUAUUUUUGGCAUGAAAUGGUGCAUGCUCUGUUUUAUUGUACAUAACCAUACACAUAAAGUCAGCAUUUUAUCAAAUGAAAUUUUUAUUAUAAUGUAAAACAUGUUGAAUUAUAUGAAAAAACUAAAAAAAUAAAUGCAACAUGAAACAGA